ACACGGGCUAAACAACAAACGAUGCCCUCAGUCUCCGCCCUGCAUCGUCCCGAUCAACUGUUCUCCUCCAAAAUUACAAGAAAUCCUGGACAAUGGCGUUCAGGAAGGCUCUGAAGCGGACGGUGAUCAUAGGGGGCGGGGCUGCAGCCACGUAUUUUGGCCUCUCACAGUUAAUCGAGUACAAGAAGACUCAGCCCGGAUUGGCUCGGUUAGCCCAUGUGGCAGCAGAAGCAGAGCUGAAGGCUCCCUUCGCAGAUGAGCUUCCUUCUCGCCAGGCCCAGCUCACGACACUGAAAACCACCGACGAGUUUGAUGUUCUGGUCAUCGGAGGAGGAGCCACAGGGGCAGGAUGUGCCUUAGAUGCUGUCACGCGCAACCUCAAAACUGCCCUCAUAGAGAGAAGCGAUUUCUCAUCGGGCACAAGCAGCCGCAGCACCAAACUAAUCCACGGUGGAGUCCGCUAUCUUCAGAAGGCGAUCAUGCAGUUGGACUACGAACAGUACAAAAUGGUGAAGGAGGCCCUUCACGAAAGAGCCAACCUUCUGGAGAUCGCACCUCACCUGUCUGCACCGCUACCCAUCAUGCUUCCUGUUUACAAAUGGUGGCAGUUGCCUUAUUACUGGGCAGGGAUCAAGAUGUACGACUUGGUGGCUGGGAUUUACUGUCUGAAAAGCAGCUAUGUCCUCGGGAAGACCAAAGCUCUGGAACUGUUCCCCAUGUUGAAGAAGGACAAGCUGGUGGGAGCAAUCGUCUACUAUGACGGGCAGCACAAUGACGCCCGUAUGAACCUGGCCAUCGCACUAACUGCCGGACGCUACGGUGCCACUAUCGCCAACUACACCGAGGUGAUUCAGCUGUUGAAGACAAACGACCCAAAGACUGGCAAAGAAAAGGUGUGCGGCGCCCGCUGCAGAGAUGUCAUCACAGGAAAGGAAUUUGACGUCAAGGCCAAGUGUGUGAUCAACGCCACCGGACCCUUCACAGACUCCGUGAGGAAGAUGGACAGCCAGGAAACUGCAAACAUAUGCCAGCCCAGCGCUGGUGUUCACAUCGUCAUCCCUGGUUACUACAGUCCUGACAACAUGGGUCUGCUUGAUCCAGCCACAAGUGACGGACGUGUCAUCUUCUUCCUGCCCUGGGAGAAGAUGACCAUUGCGGGCACAACUGACUCCCCCACCAGUGUGACAGCUCAUCCAAUCCCAGGAGAGGAUGACAUCAACUUCAUAUUGAAUGAGGUUCGCAACUACCUCAGCGCUGAUGUAGAAGUGCGUCGAGGCGACGUGUUGGCUGCAUGGAGCGGCAUCCGUCCACUGGUGACCAAUCCCAACUCCAAAGACACUCAGUCCAUCUGCAGGAACCACAUUGUCAGCAUCAGUGAAAGGGGACUUGUCACCAUCGCUGGUGGAAAGUGGACCACCUACAGGUCCAUGGCUGAAGAAACUCUGGACGCAGCCAUCGAAGCUCACAACCUGUCAGCCGAGCAGUGCAAAACCGUGGGUCUGAUGCUGGAGGGAGGAAAGGGCUGGACACCGACCACCUACAUCCGCCUGGUGCAGGACUAUGGCCUCGAGGUGGAGGUCGCCCAGCAUCUGGCCUCGACGUACGGUGCAAAGGCGUAUGAAGUUGCAAAGAUGGCUCAGGUCACUGGACAAAGAUGGCCGAUCGUAGGGAAACGACUGGUGUCCGAGUUUCCUUACAUUGAGAGUGAGGUGCUGUAUGCGAUUAAAGAGUACGCCUGCACCGCCAUUGAUGUCAUUGCCCGACGAACGCGCCUGGGCUUCCUGAAUGUGCAGGCAGCCGACGAAGCCCUUCCACGCAUCGUUCAGAUCAUGGGGAAAGAGCUGGGCUGGAAUCAUGAGAAGAGCACGGCCGAACUGGAAGCAGCGAAGAGGUUUUUGUACCAUGAGAUGGGCUACAGGUCUCGUUCUGAGCAGCUGACUAAGACUACUGACAUCAAUUUAAAUAACCAGGAAGUAGUCAGAUACAAGAAACGUUUCCAAAAGUUUGACAAAGAGAGCAAAGGAUUCAUCACCACCAUUGACGUCCAGCAAGUUUUGGACAGCAUCAAUGUCAACAUUGAUGAAAAUGCACUCCAUGAAAUCCUUAAUGAAGUGGACCUCAACAAGAACGGACAAGUAGAAAUAGAUGAAUUCCUGCAGCUGAUGAGCGCCGUGAAGAAGGGCCAAGUGGCCGACAGCCGUCUGGCAAUUCUCAUGAAGACUGCGGAGGAAACUCUGGAUAAGCGGGGGCCAGUGACCGUGGAUCGCAGUGGGGGCGGAGUCUGAGUUCAGGGACCCGGCGGAGAAAGCCUUCAGCUGCCGCUGCUCUUUUAUAAAAGUGGUAAAAACAACUAGUCAUGCAAAUGGUGCUAAUUGAAUGACAAUACAGCAAUCAAAUGUAGGCCAGGAGCAAACGCGUCCAAAUCCUGAGUGUGUGUCUCUGUGAAAUCCAGUGAUUGAGUCUGAGAUUAUAUUUUUGUAAACAAAGUGAGGCAAUAGAUCCAUUUGUGUGUGUGUGUGUGUUGUCAACAUCCAGUGCCUCUGAUUUGAAGGCAGCUGAUAAUUCAUCCAUUUUAUACAGUACUUUUACUACAAUUUACAGUUUAUGCCAUUGCAUCCUUGCAGAUUUUUUUUUUUUUAUUACCGACGCCCCUUUUUACAUUUUCUACACACAUUGUUGUGUAAAUGCUUCAAAUAGAAACUGAGUUCUGGUUGUGCUUGAUUUUACAGGUUCAUCGUUCCCUAAAGGUUUCAGUUUGCAUGUUGUCACAGUGUUUCAGGAAAUGGCCUAAAAACUAACAAAGUGAACCUUUUUGGAAAAGAGCGGACCUCUUAAAUGAAGCUGAACUGAUCAUCUCAGUGCGAUGUUUCUGAUGUAAACAUGUUACAGGCACUCGUCGGCUUUGAUGAAAUAUUUAAUGAGGUUUCUGAAUUACGUCUGCAGCACUGUUGUUGCCUUUUCUUUAUUUUUAGGGCUAAAAAAAAACCUUGUUGGUGAAGUUUGAAGGGGAAUUUUCUUUAACAUUGUCUUGUGCAAAUGUUUUCCAUUGUUUCCAGCUUUAGCACUACUGUUCAAAAACACUGAUGCUUUUAAAUCUCUGCUCUUUUUAUGUAAGAAUUAUUUAUUAUUUUUGUUAAAGACAUGAGAUGGUCUCGAUUUAACUACAGUGUAUGUCAAAAGUGCAUGAUGAAAACAGGAUUUUAAACAGUUAUUUUUUACAAGUGGAAUUGCAUACUACAGGUAAACCUUAUUCUCUAUAUAAUGUAAAACUUUUGGGUUUUUUUACAUUUAAAAAGCUGUAUUAACGCACAAUCCAGUGUGUCUGAUGGCAGCACACUGCUAAAGUUUAAUUCUGCAUGCUGUUGGCUCCUGCAUGUUUCAUCUUCUGCUUCUGUAUGAAUAUGUGCCUUAAUGUCCUGAAGAUAUGACUCACUCAUUCACCGUCUUUUUCACUAUUUCAUAUAUGUUCAGUAAAUACAGGGACUAUGUUAUUUAUAUCAAUUAUAUAUAUAUAUAUAUAAAAGCAUUUUUAAAUAAAGAAUGGUGUUUAAAAUGUAUGUUAACAUUUGUGAGAAGUGUGACCUGCAACAGUAGAAUUUGAAGCAUAUGGAAUUUAAACUGAUUACCGCGGUUGAAAUUGUUAAUAUUUAUGUUUGUUUAAUUGAUUCAUUUGAGGGACACGUUGCAGCAGCUCCUCGUCUGUCUGGAUUUAGUCUUUCUCCACGGCACUUUGUUACUUUUGGAAAAACAAUAGAUUUCUCCUUCAUUUUUUGUUUGCUGCAUUAGUGGAUGAGAUAGCAUUUUAUUAUAAAAACGCCACAUUGUAAUUUGUUAAAACAUCACGAGGACUCCCUUGGUCUAAAUUCACCAUCUUUCACAUACCUAAAACAUCCCUUUUUAUGUAGAUGAAGAUUCAUCUUUUCUUACUGCAACAAACUCAUAAAAAUGACAGCUCAACUCUCUGCAUGUCAUCACAGGCCCCUGGUGUGUUUUUUUAACUGUCAGAAAUGUGUCUUUCUACUCUGUCCUUCCUUACUACCUUUAUAUCAACAUUAUUUUCUAUAUU